GCAACCAAUUUUUUGCAAAGACUGAUCAACAGCUCUUUCGCAUUCUUUCGCAUUCUUUCACGGGAGCACAUCAUUUGCGAUGAAGCCACCAGUUCAGGAACAGGCACCUACGCCAUUGUGUUAUACAACGCGGUGAAUGCCAAGCUCGGCCGUUCAUGCCGCCUUUUCCAUGGCCACAGGGAGCUGAAGCCGUACCACCACUUGAACAGCAUCAAUGCUGAACUGGGUUUGAGGAUCCAAGUGAUUUGGACAGGAACCAGCAAUGCUCAGAGUGUGCGCCACGAACGUGCAUUCGCAGCUCUCAAGUCAGAUAUUGAUGGCAUAGUGGUGACCUGGGGUGACAGAGAAUGGGGAGGAGAUUCUUCCAAAGUUCAGCAACGCCUGAAGAACGGAGCAACCCAGGUAUUUGGCACGUUUGGUGCUUUCGAGGUCGCCAACGAGGAUGACAUUGACUGCGGUAGGGGGGCAUUUGCAGCGACCAAGGCCAAUGGAUCUGUGGUCACAUGGGGAGAUCAAGACUUUGGAGGCGAUUCCUCGUCAAUUGCCUCGCAGCUGCGCAGCGGGGUCACGCAUGUUUGCUCUACAUACGCUGCUUUCGCUGCAACGAAGGCAGAUGGAUCUGUCGUGGUUUGGGGUCACCCAGACUACGGUGGAAAUUCUUCCAAAGUCAAUUCGAGGCUGAUGGAAGGUGUUGUCGCGCUCAGCACGACCCAGGCUGCCUUUAGUGCCUUGAAAGCUGAUGGAUCUGUGGUUACCUGGGGUGACGGAGAUUACGGUGGUGAUGCUCAAGAGGCCUUGCCCUCCUUGCAAUCUGGUGUGAAACUGCUCGCAGCGACAUAUGGAGCCUUUUCGGCCGUGAAAGAAGACGGAUCCGUGGUUAGCUGGGGCCACAAAGAGAUGGGUGGAAGGCAGAUGGGAUGUGGAAGCCGGCUGCAACAAGGAGUUUGUCAUGUUUGCGGCACAUAUGGAGCAUUCGCUGCCACCAGAGAAGAUGGAUCCGUCGUAGUGUGGGGUGAUGCAAAGUGUGGAGGCGACGCAUUUGAUGUUGACCUUCAAAACAUUGCGCAGAUUUGUGCUACUUACAGCGCUUUUGCGGCGCUCUCAACAGCUGGUUCGGUAAUUGCCUGGGGCGACCCAGACUGGGGUGGCGAUGCUUCAAGUGUGGCAAAUGACUUGCGCCAGGGUGUGGUGCAGGUUUGCAGCACCUACGGGGCGUUUGCCGCACUGAAGGAGGACGGCUCCGUGGUCACUUGGGGCGAUCCAUCUUGUGGCGGUGAUUCAUCCACAGUCGCAAGCAGGAUCAGAAAGCGUGUCUUUCAGCUCUGCAGCACAUAUGGUGCUUUUGCAGCAACGAAAGCAGAUGGAUCGGUGGUGACCUGGGGAGAUGCAGAUUGGGGAGGAGAUUCCACUGCAGUGCAGGAUCAGCUCUACAUGGUCGCAUUUGUUUGUGGAACAUCCCGUGCAUUUUUGGAACUGCGCAGCAACGGCACUUUCUUUCUUGGAGAUGAUGCCUUCGACAGUAGUGACGAGGGCUAUGAUGGUCUUUUGGUUGGUGUGGUUGCUGUAAGCGGUACUGGUGGAGCAUUUGCAGCAAGGAAGGUGGAUGGCUCCGUGGUGACUUGGGGAGACCCAACGUCGGGUGGGAAGUCGUCUAAAGUGGCACAAGAACUGAAAGCGGGCGUGAGCUCAGUAUCCCAUACAGCAGGGGCCUUUGCUGCAGUCAAGGCAGAUGGAUCCGUUGUUGCAUGGGGCGAUCCAGCAUGUGGGGGCGAUACUCUUGUCGUUUCAAAGCAAUUGAGAGAAGGUGUUGCACAAGUUCUUGGAUUGUACAAGGUUUUCGCCGCUAUCAAGCUGGAUGGAACUCUGGUCAUUUGGGGUGACGAAAAGCUUGCUGCUGCAGAUACAUAUGAUCGUCACCAGCAGCUCAUCCACAUCACGUCUGUGUGUGGCACGUCUCGGUCCUGUGCCGCUUUGAGAUCAGAUGGUCACGUGCUGACCUGGGGCGAAGGUCCAUGGGGUGGUGAUUCAGCAGAUGUCGCUCACCAGCUUGAGGAUGUAGCCCAACUUUGUGCAACUGGUGGUGCGUUUGCAGCAAGAACCAAGGAAGGUGUUGUAGUCACCUGGGGUGACGAGAAUAGUGGUGGCAAUUCUCUGGAAGUUUGGGACCAACUUUCUGCUGGAGUGGUGGAUUUGUGUCACACCAGCGGGGCUUUUGCCGCGCGGAAGAGCGAUGGUUCUGUUGUGACAUGGGGUGACGAAGAGCUUGGAGGGAAUUCCUUUGGUUUGGACUUUGACUUGCAGAAUGUAACGCAGCUUUGCGGAAACGGCUACGCUUUUGCUGCUGUUCGGAGAGAUGGCAGGGUAAUCACAUGGGGCGACCCGAACGCUGGCGGGGAUUCCAGCUCUGUGUCGGUUCAGCUCACAGAUGUCCGUCGAGUGUUCAGCACGUAUCGCGCAUUUGCUGCAGUGAAGGAUCGCGGAGCAGUGGUCACCUGGGGUGAUCCCGCCUGUGGUGGUGACUCUUCAAGUGUUCAUGCAGCUCUCACUCAGGGUGUUGCAUCAAUUUGCGGAACCUAUGGUUCCUUCGCAGCAGUAAAAAAAGAGGGAACAGUUGUGACUUGGGGCGAUGCAAAGACUGGGGGCGACUCCUCAUCGGUUCAGCCGGUGUUCAUUCCUGACAGCGACGGUUGA